UCAGGGCAGCUUUCACUGUCGGGUAUCUUAGAGAGGGGUGAGCUGACAGGUUCCCCGGAAGAAGCCUGUCUACCGCUGCGGAGGACCGCCUCCGCGGCAGCGAUGGACUCUCGGCCCGGGGCGUGGAUUCUUCCAGCCCAAACCCGACGAUCCGUCUAGCCCAGCUAUUUGAGUGUCAUCUGUUGCCACCCAUUGAUGUCAAGAUGACUAAACUGGGAUUUUUGCGGUUGUCCUAUGAGAAGCAGGACACACUUCUGAAGCUUCUAAUUCUGUCGAUGGCUGCUGUGUUAUCGUUCUCCACUCGUCUUUUUGCCGUCCUGAGAUUUGAAAGUGUCAUCCAUGAAUUUGAUCCGUACUUUAAUUACCGGACUACCCGCUUCCUGGCUGAGGAGGGAUUUUAUAAAUUCCAUAACUGGUUUGAUGACCGGGCCUGGUACCCUUUGGGACGAAUCAUUGGAGGAACAAUUUACCCAGGCUUAAUGAUCACCUCCGCUGCAAUCUACCAUGUCCUCCAUUUUUUCCACAUCACCAUCGACAUUCGGAAUGUCUGUGUGUUCCUGGCCCCUCUCUUCUCUUCCUUCACUACCAUCGUCACGUACCACCUCACCAAAGAGCUCAAGGAUGCAGGAGCUGGACUUCUUGCUGCUGCCAUGAUUGCUGUAGUUCCUGGCUAUAUCUCCCGGUCUGUGGCUGGCUCCUACGAUAAUGAAGGGAUUGCCAUCUUUUGCAUGCUGCUCACCUACUACAUGUGGAUCAAAGCAGUAAAGACUGGUUCCAUCUAUUGGGCAGCGAAGUGUGCCCUUGCUUAUUUCUACAUGGUCUCUUCGUGGGGAGGGUAUGUGUUCUUGAUCAACUUGAUCCCUCUUCACGUGCUGGUGCUCAUGCUCACGGGACGUUUCUCCCACCGGAUCUACGUGGCCUACUGUACUGUUUACUGCCUGGGCACCAUCCUUUCCAUGCAGAUCUCCUUUGUGGGUUUCCAGCCCGUUCUGUCAUCAGAGCACAUGGCAGCCUUCGGGGUCUUUGGUCUCUGCCAGAUCCAUGCCUUUGUGGAUUAUCUGCGCAGCAAGUUGAAUCCACAGCAAUUUGAAGUUCUUUUCCGAAGUGUCAUCUCCCUGGUAGGCUUUGUCCUUCUCACCGUGGGAGCUCUCCUCAUGCUGACAGGAAAAAUAUCCCCCUGGACAGGGCGUUUCUACUCGCUGCUGGAUCCUUCAUAUGCUAAGAACAACAUCCCCAUCAUUGCCUCCGUGUCUGAGCACCAGCCUACGACCUGGUCCUCAUACUAUUUUGACCUGCAGCUUCUUGUCUUCAUGUUUCCAGUUGGACUCUAUUACUGCUUUAGCAACCUGUCUGAUGCCCGGAUUUUCAUCAUCAUGUAUGGUGUGACCAGCAUGUACUUUUCAGCUGUAAUGGUGCGUCUGAUGCUGGUGUUGGCGCCUGUUAUGUGCAUUCUUUCUGGCAUUGGAGUCUCUCAAGUGCUGUCCACUUAUAUGAAGAAUUUGGACAUAAGUCGACCAGACAAGAAGAGCAAGAAACAACAGGAUUCUACCUACCCUAUUAAGAAUGAAGUGGCAAGUGGCAUGAUUCUGGUCAUGGCUUUCUUUCUCAUCACCUACACGUUUCAUUCAACCUGGGUGACCAGUGAGGCCUACUCUUCCCCCUCCAUCGUGCUGUCUGCUCGCGGUGGGGACGGCAGUAGGAUCAUUUUUGAUGACUUUCGAGAAGCGUACUACUGGCUCCGUCACAAUACUCCAGAGGAUGCGAAGGUCAUGUCCUGGUGGGAUUAUGGCUACCAGAUCACAGCUAUGGCGAAUCGGACAAUUUUAGUGGAUAAUAACACGUGGAAUAAUACCCACAUUUCUCGAGUAGGGCAGGCAAUGGCAUCCACAGAAGAAAAAGCCUAUGAGAUCAUGAGGGAGCUUGAUGUUAGCUAUGUGCUGGUCAUUUUUGGAGGCCUUACUGGGUAUUCCUCUGAUGACAUCAACAAAUUCCUGUGGAUGGUCCGGAUUGGAGGGAGCACAGAUACAGGCAAACAUAUCAAGGAGCAUGAUUAUUACACUCCAACUGGGGAGUUCCGUGUGGACCGCGAGGGUUCUCCCGUGCUGCUGAACUGCCUUAUGUACAAGAUGUGUUACUACCGCUUUGGACAGGUCUACACGGAGGCCAAGCGUCCACCAGGCUAUGAUCGUGUUCGGAAUGCCGAGAUUGGGAAUAAAGACUUUGAACUUGAUGUCCUGGAGGAAGCAUAUACCACAGAGCACUGGCUAGUCAGGAUAUACAAGGUGAAGGACCUGGAUAAUCGAGGCUUGUCAAGGACAUAAAUGUUACGACCAGCUCUGAUCUGCUUCGCACUGAGCGCGUCACAUUUAGGGCGCUGAAGACAUUUUAAAAAUAUGCAGUGUAUAAGAACAGAAGACCAUGGAAUUAGAACUGUCUGGACGUUUUGCCCUGGGCAGUGUGGGCUGGGCCAAAUGGAAUGAUUUUUAUAUUUCUGAGCAGGUUACCAAAUGAAAUGUCAUGGCUUUACUUUGGUCAAUUAAAGGGGGGAAUUUUUUUUUUUAAUGUGCCUUAUUUGUUUUGACUUAUGACUGAUUUGAGGAAGCUUAAAGUUUCUGCUGGGCUGAGAGAAGGACGGAGGGCAGACCUCACCCAUGCUCUUAGCUCCCUGAAUGGGCCUGGUAGGGGCAUUCUGUCUUUUUCUCUCAAAUCAGGAAGACUGUCAAGGACUAGCUCAGAUCCUACAUAUACAAACAAUUUUGUCAUUUCAAAAACUGCAGCACCUAACACGAUGCCUUGCACAUGGUGGGUGCUCAAUAAAUUUGUUCUGAAUGAAUAAACAUUUGUGGGGCCAGGAAGAGUGCCAUUUCUGGGCAGAAGAGGUAGCUGUGUUGCCAUCAUAUCUGCUAUCAACAUUUCCUGUCCUUAGAGGCUCUUUGACUACAAGGGACAGAGGGUGGCUAGCCAGACCUGAUCUCACCAGUAUUCUUUGGGACUAGCUAGGUAUUUUGUUUUCGAGCAGGAAUAAACCCAGUAAGACUAAAUCAGUCGUUUUGAAGACUUAAGGCAAACAGUGAAAUUAUUCUUGACGAGAGGAAGAAAUUCCUUCAGCAUUACAUACAGAACUUGAUGGUCAAUAGGUGUUUUUGAAUUAGCUGAAGUAUAACCAUACCUAUCUAUUUGAAAUCUAGCUUUUCAGAACUCUCACUUAUCCAUGAUACAGUAAAUGUCUCUUUGCUCAUAUCCUUUAGCUUACACACUAAAACCGUGUGGUUAUUUAAAGGUGAGCUUCUCUCCCCCUUAGUCUCAGCCUUUUUGUUACUGUGUAUCACUAACAAGCUCCAUAGUCUGGUUUUGAAGCCUUUGCUAAGUAAGUUAAGAAAAGCACAGGAGUCUCAUCAUCGAUAUUUAACGUCAGGACAAACAGCCUUACAUUCAGUUACGUAGGAUGUUUUAUGUAUUUUAAAACAUAAGACAUGUAUCGGUGAUGUAUAUAAACCCUUAGUUAUUAAAAAAAGAAUACAAGGUAACUCUUUACUGUUAACCUGUUUAAGAAACAGGAGCAAUGAUGGGACUUUUGGAUAAGUCAGAUGGUGCUCCUGAGGGUAUGCCAUCUCUCCCUGGACACCCAGGGAACAGCCUCCCAUGCUAGUUUAUGUACCAGGUGCUCCAACUGUGGGUGAUACUUAGGUUUGAUGUAAGAUUUGAUUUACUGUAUGUAAAUACAUGACUUGGUUUAUUUACAGAAUUCCUCCCUAGUGGAAGAGGUAUUUUGAGGUUUUUGUUCGUUUUGUUUCUGACCAAUAUGAGUAAUACUAGUUAGAGGUCAUUAGUGAUUUUCCUCUGUAGGAGAUGGGAUAAUGGUUUAUCACUACAGUUGUUGCUCUUAAAAUUUUAAUUUUGUUACUUUCUAGGCUACAUGAAGCUACAGUUUAAAGAAAUUUACUUCUCAUUUCCAUUGUUACAGUGCAUUUAGUGUAAAAAAAAACCAAAUAGUUCUAUAAAAACAACACUGUCUUCCAUCCCACAGAGGUACCCACUUUCAACUCUGCUGAUUCUCACAUUACUUACCUGCAUGUCAUUAAAUAACUUGCUUUAUUUU